AUGGCGCGCUUCAGGGUAAACAUAAAGUGCGACAGUCGACGCUUUUCUUACGUCCACCCAUGCAGUGCAAUGUACAUCCUGCUGCUCCCUCUAGUUGCACUGGCGUCGACGGCAAAUGCCACCCCCGUGCCGAAAUCAAACCUGUCGAGCCACCAAAGCGUCGCCACGUCGAACCCGUUCGGUCGGCGAGCGACUUUCAACGUUAGGGUGGCUGCGGCGACAUGUGCGGCCGUCAGUAUGACGGCGUGCUGCGUUGCGUUCUACUGGUUCUAUCGCAUGGAGAAGCGGUUUAGGCAUCGACUCAUUAUGAUCUUGAUCUUCGGCGAUCUCAUAAAGACGACCUGGCUCUUCAUCUUCGCGAUUGUCUCAAUGUACCAAGGCACGGUGUUUACGACUUCGUCUUUCUGCCAGGCAAGCGGUUUUUUCAUCCAGUAUGGCCUCGAAACUAGUGAUUAUGCCGUGCUGGUCAUCUCCAUACAUGGCGCUUUCCAAGUCUUCCGCCCGUCUGUUGUCUCCCAGAACGACGGACUGUAUAAGUAUCGAAACAUAGUCUAUGCUGGAGCCUUCAUUCUCCCCAUGAUGAUGGCAUCUCUGGCGUUUAUCAACCCGCACUGGGGAUACAUGUCCGUGGGAGCAUUCUGCGGGCUCCCUAUCCGGCCAUUUUGGUACCGACUCGCCCUGAACUGGAUACCGCGAUACAUUGUCGCAGUCGUAAUCCUCGCAUUGGCAAUUGCAAUCUACGCUCACGUCGGUUUCGAGUUUCGAGCUUUUUCGAGAUACGACCACCAGCACAAGACUUCGCUGUCUACGGCCACGCCCAUGCUUUCAGUUGCUGGUGACGCUGAUGCUGCUACUAUUCCUGAAUCCUCGCGGGCCCAAUCUAUGGAUACACAGGCUUUCAAAGGGAGGAGACCGUCCUCUGUCAUGAACGACAUGGUGUCACUCCGCAGGCCGUCGACAGUGAUGUUCGAAACCGACUUGAUUCGGCCUCCACAUACUCCCCUUGAUCUAGAAAGCCGCGCUCAAAGCGCGCCUCCAGAGAUACUACCCGUCGCCCCAGUCCCGCCAUCCAUGCACGUUCUCAGCGAUCUCGCCCUCUCCAGCUUCAAAAUCCAGCCCAGCAAGCCCGAUGGCUCCCUCGAAAACAACCCCUCAAGCUCACUCUCCGCGCUCAACACCCCCGCCGCCAUCGCCGAAGAGCACGCCCCCUCCCCUUUCAGCGACACCGCGCAAUCCCCCAUCCAACGCCAACUCAUCCGGCAGCGCGCCCGGAUCCACCGACAACUCCGCCUCAUGUUCAUCUACCCGCUCGUCUACGUCCUCAUGUGGCUCGUCCCCUUCAUAAUGCACUGCAUGAACUACGACGACCGCUGGGCCGCCCAUCCCGUCUACUGGCUCUCGUUCCUCGCAACCAUCUGCAUCACCCUCAUGGGCGCCGUCGACUGCCUCAUCUUUUCCCUCCGCGAGCGGCCCUGGCGCCACAUCCCCCACUCCGACGGCUCCUUCCGCGGCUCCUUCCUGUGCUGGCGGACGGAGGUCAAUCCCCGUCCGCGCGUCACUCGUCCGAGUGAGGCUCUGCAGCGCGCGCUCACGGAGACGGCGCCGUAUAAUUACUUUUCGCCCAGUGCGACUGUCAUCGAGCAGCCGGUCAAAGCGAAGGUGCCGGGGUUCCCGAAUAUCAUGGACAUGGUGCCGCGUGUGAGGAGUAGUGGGGGCAGUGAUUCGCAAAGGGCGGCGGCGGGGUUGGCGAGGGAGAGGUUAGAGAAGGAGAAGGAGGAUAGGUUGGUGGGGUGGAGGAGUAGGUCGAGGGUGCUUGGUGGGGCGGCGAGUAGGCAUACGUUGGAUGGGAUUGAUAGUCGGGGGGAGGAGGAGGCUGAGAGGCUGGAUGUUGUGGGGGGCGAUGCGGAGAAGGGGAAGGAGAAGGAGAGUGUGUAG